AUGGAUUUCGACUUCCCUGUUCAUCAGUCCCUGCCCUUUGCGGGGCACCGCAGCCGGUUGGGUGACUUUCUCACGGCGGACGUGAUGGUUGCUGCAGGUUCGGCAGCCUUGGUCACUCCUGCUGUUAUGAUCCUAGACAGAUUGGUCGUUGAGAAGUCAUCGCACAACCAACCUAUGCUUCCUGCCUUCCGCCGGCACCUCUGGCUCUCCAUCACACAGCCUGCCACCUUCCUGACCUCUCGACCCAGUCUGCUCGUCUGGUCUCUUUACACAGCCACCUUUGCCGCCGCCAAUGCUACAGAGACCAUCCUGGACCAAGUCUACCCUCACGUCGACCACGCCAUGGCAGGGGUGGCCACCUUCAUGAGCACUUUUGUGGUCAACUCGUCUGUGGGCAUCUGGAAGGACGUCAAGUUCGCCCAGCUGUUCGGUCACAGCAACGCCACCCCUCCCACUCCUGCUCCCAAGACCACGGCCUCUGCUCCUCCGUCCCAAAGCAAGAUCCUCCGCUCCGUCAGUCGCACCAUCCCCUUUGCCACCUACUCGGCCUUUCUGGUGCGCGAUGCUCUCACCAUCUUCGGCUCCUUCAGUCUCCCCGCCAUGGUCUCGGCCUCCAUCCCGGACUCCAUUGCCUCAAGCGAAUACCUGAAGAUCCUGUUCGCGCAGCUGGCCAUCCCGGCAUCCAUCCAGCUGGUCAGCACACCGAUUCAUCUACUCGGACUUGAUCUUUACAAUCGGCCCAUGCAACUCUCGGCCUCGGACCGAUUGAGUCGGGUGAGCAGGGACUGGAUCGGGGCGUCCCUGACGCGUAUGUGUCGGAUUAUUCCCGCGUUCGGGAUCGGCGGGUUCGCCAAUACCGAAGGCCGGGCGUUCCUGCACCAGCAAUUGCGGCGAUGUGAGGACUGA